ACAUACAAUCUUUAUAUGUAAUAAAUUAUGCCGGUUGAUGCCAUAAUUUGUUUAACAUCUUAAUUGUUUAUGUGUUAAUUGCAGAAUAAUUACUAAAUAAUUUAAUUUGUUGAUGGCCUUUCCUAUAGUUUUAGCGCCAUGCAUAACGAAACAAAACGCUUUUUUAAAACCCAUCGAAAGCAUCCUAUUAUAUAACAAAUACAGAACACGAGAGACACAAGAGAGAAUUGGGUUCGGUUUCAUGGCGGCCAUUGGAGCUUCUGGAUACCUCACCGCCUGCUUAACGCCAUUUUCUCAGCGGCACAUCACCUCAGACGUAUACGGAGGAGGAGUACAGAAACGUCUUCGGGUGUUAGCUGUUUCAACGGAGCGGAUAGAAAGGGCAACGAGUUUUGGAGACAAUGGAAGGUUUGAGAAUAAGAAGCAGAAAAUGGUGAAGGAAGAAACUGAGGUGAAACCAAAUAUUUACGCACACCCAGAGGAGUUGCCCGAAGUGGAGGAGGGUAGAAAGAGGUUAAAGGAGUACUUUGAAGAGUGCAAAGAGUUGAUCAGAUCAGAUGGUGGUCCGCCUCGUUGGUUCUCUCCUUUGGAGUGCUCUUCUAGCUCUCCAGAUUGUCCUCUACUUCUAUUUUUGCCUGGAAUUGAUGGCACUGGACUUGGACUUUUAAUGCAUCAUCAUAAGCUUGGAAAGAUGUUCAACAUUUGGUGCUUGCAUAUUCCAGUUAAGGAUAGAACACCAUUUACUGAGCUAGUGAAGCUUGUGGAAAGAACGGUUAGGUUAGAGAACUACAGGUCACCAAAUAGGCCAAUAUAUCUUGUUGGAGAAUCUCUUGGAGCAUGCCUUGCCUUUUCUGUUGCAGCUCGGAAUCCUGACAUGGAUCUUGUACUUGUUUUGUCUAACCCAGCAACAUCUUUUAGUAAGUCACACUUGCAACCACUAAUGCCUCUACUGGAGAUUAUGCCCGAUCAGUUCCCGCUAAAUCUCCCUUACAUGCUGAGCUUAGCAACAGGUGAUCCUUUGAGGAUGCUGUUGGAUAACCUUGUGAAAAGAGGUACUCUGCCUCAAUCAAUUGGAGAACUAUCACAAGAUCUUGUUACAAUGUCAACAUACUUCCCGGUUCUGGCUGAUAUUUUACCCAGAGAAACACUUCGGUGGAAGCUAAAUUUGCUGAAAUCUGGUUCUGCAUGUGCCAACUCAUGCCUUCAUGCUGUAAAAGCUCAGAUGCUGAUACUUUUCAGUGGAAGAGAUCAGCUGUUGCCUAGUCAAGAGGAAAGCCAAAGACUUCAAAAAGCACACCCAGAUUGUGAGAUUCGUAUGUUUGAGGAAAGUGGUCAUUUUCUCUUCCUGGAUGAUAGUGUUGAUUUGGUCACAAUCAUCAAGGGUGCUACUUUUUACCGCCGUGCAAAGCACCUUGAUUGUGUGUCUGACUACAUGCCACCAACACCUCGUGAAUUCAAAAAAAUAUAUGAAUCAUUUAGAUGGAUUGUUACUGCUACUGGCCCUGUGAUGCUCUCAACCUUAGCGGAUGGCAAAGUGAUGAGGGGACUUGCUGGAAUCCCAUCAGAGGGACCAGUCUUGUUUGUUGGUAAUCACAUGCUAUUGGGAAUUGAAAUUAUUUCCUUUAUAUCUCAACUUCUGAUUGAGAGAAAUAUUCUUGUUCGUGGGAUCGCCCAUCCAGGAAUGUUUGAAAGAUUGAAAGACAGAAGGCCCUCGGAGCCUGAACCGUCAAAUUUUGACGUAAUUAGAGUAAUGGGUGCAGUGCCUGUCUCAGCAGGAAACUUCUACAAACUUAUGUCCUCAAAAUCUCAUGCCUUAUUAUACCCUGGUGGCGUACGUGAAGCCCUUCACAGGAAGGGUGAAGAAUACAAGUUGUUCUGGCCAGAGCAAUCUGAGUUUGUGAGGAUGGCAGCUAGAUUUGGAGCCAAAAUUGUUCCUUUUGGGGUUGUUGGAGAAGAUGAUAUAGCUGAGAUGAUUUUGGAUUAUAAUGACCAAAUGAAGAUUCCUUGGAAAAGGGAAGAAAUAGAACGAACAACAAAUCGAACUCCAAGACUGAGGACUGAUGCAACUGGUGAGGUUUCAAACCAGCAAAUGCACUUUCCAUGGAUGCUUCCAAAAUUUCCAGGCCGCUUUUAUUAUUAUUUUGGGAAGCCCAUUAAAACUGAAGGAAUGAAGGUGGAACUAAGAGACAAGGACAAAUCUCAUCAACUAUAUUUACAUGUAAAGUCUGAGGUUGAGAGAUGCCUUGCUUACUUGAAAGAUAAAAGAGAAGAAGAUCCUUACAGGAAUCUAUUGUCUCGGUUCAUAUACCAGGCCACUCAUGGCUCCACCUUAACCCAUGAAAUUCCAACAUUUGAGCUCUGAUUUUUCUCUGUCAUAUAGUUAACAUCAUCUUAAUUAAUUUGAUGUUCAUGAUUUCCACAUUAAUUCCAUACUUGGCUCCAAUUCAAUCAUCUGUUAUUCCUCCCACAAUUGGAGACAAUAUACAUCUAUUUUAUUUCAUAAUUAAAAUGAAUUGAAAUUGCUGCUACAUCCAAGGAUCUCUGGUCACACCCAUUCAUGGAUUUUUUUU